AUGAAACCGCUAGCCAAAUUUAUGGAGCACGAAUCAGACUCGGAGGACGACGAGGACUACGUUCCUCCUGCUGACGACGGCAGCAACUCAUCUGAAGACGAAUCAGACAAAGGCAGUGAUGCAAAGAAGGAUACACAGGAAGACGACACGGAAAAGAAAGACUUGAAAAAGGUCUGGGAAAGUUUCCAGGCCUCAAUAGCUCAGGAAGACGCCAGUCAGAAGCCUCCAGCUGAACCCAAUUUGGUUAAAGUCGUGAAACGGUACAGGUUUGCGGGUGAGGAACACGAGGAGGUUAUCGAGGUCCCGGAAGGAUCAGACGAUGCAAAGCGGUGGCCGCUGUACCAUCCAACCGACCUGCAAACGGCAAAUUCUCAGUCAGAGCCACGACUGGCGCUCCAACCGUCAUCAUCCACCAAGGACGAGUCCGUCCAUGCAAGUCCUGCGCCUGCACAUGUUCCACCUCCCGAUACUACCAUCGACACCACCACUUCUAUUGCGACGCAAACGGUGAAAUCCGAGCCACCACCGCCCAAGCGCAAACCAGGUCCUCGCAAACCCAAAACGACACUGGCGCCUCUCCCCGGUUCGUCAGGCCCCAAAGCGAAGAAGAUCACCACGCUCGAAAAGUCAGCUAUAGAUUGGAAGUCCCAUUUGGAGUCGCAAAAGGGGACGGGGGUGCAGGAAGAGUUGGAGGCGAACAGGAGGGGAGGAGGGUACCUUGAGAAAGUGGAGUUCUUACAGCGGGUGGAGGAGAGGAAGGAUGAGCAUUGGAAGGCGGCUAGGAGUGCUAAGAGGAGGAAGAUUUGA